ACAGUUGAAUUUCGUUUCUGAAAGCAGCAACUAUUUCCCAGUGAUGUAUUGAACUGAAAUGGGAAAUAGAAAGCAGUAGGCGAAUUAGCGGGCAAUUAGGAAAUGGGAUCGGCAGCGGCGCCAUGGAAGUCCCUUCUACUCGGUGCUUUGGAAUCUAAUGGCCGAAUCAAGCAUUCCAAAUUCUUGCAGCUCGUACAUUUCCCUCUCUCUAUUUCUCUUCAAGUUCAAGUUUCCUUAUUGCUUCUUCACAGUCGGUUUCUACGUCGAAAUCGUUUCCAGGCAACGAUAGGAAUUAAUGGAAGGCCCUCAAAUCGCACAGUUGUUUUCAGAGGAUUUGAAGAGGGCACCGAUAGGAUCCAUAUUUACACGGAUUCUAGAACUCGCAAGAUUGAAGAGCUUAAGAAUUGUCCAUUUGCCGAGAUUUGUUGGUAUUUCACCGAGUCAUGGGAGCAAUUUCGUAUCAGUGGGAGAAUUGAAGUUGUUGAUGCGUUAUGUCUUGAUGCUACAAAGUUUAAGCAAAGGGCAGAAGCCUGGUCCUCCAUUUCUCCAAAGUCAAGAUUGCAGUAUUUGGGGCCUAGUCCAGGUCUUCCUUACCCUGGUGAACAACCAGUCAAGGAACCUUUUGUAGAUUCUUAUUCUGGUCCUGUUGAUUCAUUUUGUUUGCUGGUCUUCAAUCCUGAUCAGGUCGAUUAUCUAAAUCUGAAGAGUGAAGAAAGGAAUUUGUUUAAAGCUAUUCCAAGUUUUGGAGGGGAGAAAUUAUGGGAAACGGAGAGGAUAAACCCUUAGCAAUUGCACCCCGAUUUGCAUUUAUAUAUACUUAUAAUAAGCUGCUAUCUUCAAAUCAACUGAUGCAAGUUAAAAGUUACUCGUAUGUGUUAAAAAUAAUCCGAAACCCUUUGUUUGUUAGUACUGAUGAUAUUGGUUGGUUUCAAUUUCUUGUGUCGCAUAUUGUUAGUUAUGAAAACAUCUUUAAUUAAUCCUUUCCUAUGAGAUUUUGUA